GGUGAGAUUUUGGAACUGACGUUACGUAAGGUGUAAAUGAAGAGUGCCGUUAGCUGUAGUCAUAUCAGAAACAUAUAUUCCGGAGUUUUGAUACCAUAGAAAGUCUAAAUCAUCUUACGUGGAUGACUAUAUCAGAGAAAUACAUAAAAAACAUGUGUCUAAAUAUUGUCUUUAAUGGUUAAAUUCACUAUGAAUUUGAACUUGAAUUGAUGUUUACAGAAUCGGUAAAGCUGAUUGUAGCUUUUAUACUGGAUAUCACAUCGGACAACUUGCCGGUAAUGAGGAGAAUGACGGAAUGUACAGACCCUCUUCAGUUUACACCGUCAUAAACACGUGUUUAUGAACUGAUUCCUCCUUGAUAAACCUAAUACUUCAGUUAUUCUCACCUAACCUAAUGGUGCAUAUUUCUGGCAGUCGAAGAAGCUUAUGAACCUGUAGAAUUACUCGUUUGAUUGGGGGUAUGAGGUCGUUUUUCCAUGUGUAGGACUUAGUUACUGUCUAUGAAACCUGACUUAUGGUAUGCCGCUUGUUAAUUAUACUCCAUUGAGGUUAACUGAGAGUAUACAUACCACUCAUCAGUGUGCAUAGUUAUUCUAGGUGUGAUUGGUCUUUAAAUCAUAGAUUAGUGUGGCAGCACUCAUUCGGUACCCUAGGGAGAGCUCUCCAUGAAUGGUUCAUUCAGAUUGGCAUCAUAGAUCCAUUGGACCCAGACAUGAUUAACUCAGCAGCGUUCAUGACUUUCCUUCCUCUUCAAAAGAAUCGGUUUCAUCAAUGUGGAUACACCAGGGUGUCAGUAGUCCAGUAUUAUCACGUCUGUGCAAAGUUAAGACCACUCAAAAUAUGAAGCUACUUUAUACUCCGAUCUUUCACAUCAGAGUUCUCAAUACCCGAUUGCAGAAAGAAUAUUUUAUGCCAGUCAUGGGUCAGAAUAUAGAAUUAAGGGCCCCGAGGAGGUGAAAGUACAUUCAUAGAGUGUCAUCUCUGAAACUUUAAUCUAACACGUUCGGCGCCGAUCUUUGAAAUAGGCAAGAAACCAUCGAUUACAAUGAAAUUUUCACUCUGUUACUGACUUAAUCAGUCAGUGGUGUCUUAAUUUUCCAUUGGCUUGUUAAGAUAUGUCCAUCUUAGCAGCUUAUGUUCAUUCACUUCAGUCAUUGUACUAGGCAAUAAUCAGUGAUCAUAAAAAUCUUCCAACGCCAAUCUGCAGUCAUGGUAUUUGUCAGUUGGGCAAGCGAUGGAUUGAGGAUAUACGAGUUGGAUGAAAAUAAAAGAAUUAUACAGCUUAAACAUGAACCAUCCACUACCCUAAAGUGUUUAUCUUUUGCGAAGUCAAGUCCAUCCUUGGGUUACCUAGAUGGAACUAAAGCAACCUUGAUUAAUGUGGAUGAUCAGUCCAUUUAUUCUACUGUCCCAGUUGAAUCAGCUUCACGCAUUUUACUAUCGCCAUGUGGGAAAUUUGGAUUUAUCUACAAAUUAUUUCGAGUUGAUGAGAAAAAUCCUUCUGGGUUGCCGAAUAUCUCAAUUUAUGACUUUGUCAAUGGAGUAAAGCUAAAAGAAUAUAUCUUUAGCAAAGGUGAUGGGUGGCAACCACAAUGGAAUUCGAAUUCAUCUUUGUGUUCAGUUUUCAUCAAUGGUGAAAUUCAUAUGUAUGCAAAUAAUCAAUUUGCUGAAAAGCCAUGUACCAAAUUGUCAGUCAAAGGUAUUCGUCAUUUUUCGAUGAGUAGUUCAAUCCAACCAAAUCUUGCUGUGUACAUCCCUGGUGAAAAGAAUCAACCCUCUUUUGUUAGAGUUUAUCACUGUCGUGAUAAUCAAUUGAUAUCUGUGGCAAAUAAGUCAUUUUUUCGUGCUGAUACAGUUAGACUACUCUGGAAUGAUAAGGGGACUGAUCUACUCAUACUUACUUCAACUAAGCUCAGUGAUGAAAGUUAUUACGGUGAUCAAAAUCUUUUCUAUGUAUCAGCUAGUCGGUCUGGUGAUAGCGCUGUUGUUCCAAUGCCACGUAAAGGCCCAAUCUAUCAAAUUGCCUGGCAACCAACUUUCUUUUCUCAUUCCACUUCAUCAUCGAAAAAGAAUAAAGACAAAAAAGUUGAAGAAUACUUUAUUGUUUGUUAUGGAUUUAUGCCAGCCACUGUGACAAUAUUCAAUUUAAGUUGUGAACCAGUUCAUGAACUUGGAACAGGAUCAUGGAAUGAAGUACAUUUCAGUCCACAUGGGAAUUUGUUACUAUUAGCAGGCUUAGGUAAUCUACCGGGAGAUAUGUGUAUCUGGGAUUUUGCAGCUCGUGAACGUUUGUCGUCAUUUAAGACAGUGGAUGUAACAAGUGUUCAAUGGUUACCAGAUGGUGAACAUUUAAUAUUUGCAACAACAACCCCAAGAUUACGUGUAAAUAAUGGCUUUGGAAUAUGGCACUACAGCGGUAAACAAUUAUCCUAUCAACCUGUUGAACGUCGUGUUGUUCCAAGACCAGCUACCUUAGAUUUACCUGCUGCAGUUGAACAUGAAUUAUACCAGGUUUUAGUUGUAUACCCUGUCAAACUUGGACCUGCUCCUGAGCCGAAAAAGUUUGAAUCCGUGACCAACUCAGAUACGAGCGCAUCAGUGAAUAAACCAACUUCAGUCUAUGUGCCACCAGCACUUCGUAAUCGUUCUGCAGUAGCUAUACAGUCAAUGAAAGCAACUUCAAUGAGUGACAGUGCUAAAAUCUCAUAUCAAUCUACUAAUAAUGACAAUAGUAAGAAUAAGAAAAAUAAUGCAAACAUAAAGAAUACAAACAAAAAUUGUAUCCCAAAUCAAAAUGUUGCAACGAAACUAUCCAGUAAUUCUCAACUGUUAAGUGUAAACACGUCAGCACAGUCAAAUAGUAACGAAAAAGCGAAUGAUCAAGUUACUGCAUCAGAUCCUAAGAAUCAGAAACAAGUUAAUCAGUUAUGCAAAAAACUGAAUCAGAUCGAGAAACUCAAGUUGGAACAAGCCUCUGGGAAAACUCUGGCCUUCAACCAGUUGGAAAAAAUUGCUGGCGAAAAACAACUUCGUGAUGAAUUGACCCGACUAUGUAUAUGAAAUCCUAAAACGUGCAGUCCUGAAUUUUCUUGUAAAGAAAUUUUGUACUUUAAGUUUAUAAACAGUUGGAGUCGCAUUCCCACUAUUUUCUCUCUCAAUGGUUUGUUUAUUGCUUGAAUCACGCGAAACCAGACUGUAUCGUGCAUGAAUUUUUAUAAUACGAAUAGCGGAAAUUGCUGUACAUCACUUGCAUAUAUGGCAACUUAUCGCGUCAGUGUGUCCCAUACUUACGUCCUCAGAUUUUCCCUGACUUUUGUGUCUCUGAAUAUGUUUUGCACCAGAAGUUUCAUUUUGUUUUCUAUAUGGAAAUAGCAUCCUGCAGGUAUAUGAAAAUUUUGCUAUGACUUUUAUGUAGUUUAGCUGGUAUCUCAAUUUACACAUAACAUGUCGUUGUCGUUUCAAAUCUGGUUUAUCACACAGUCGUGAGUGUAUCUGACGCGAAGCAGCAAGUGCAGACUAUAUGAUAUACUUGAUAGGAAUGAAAAGCCAUGUAUUCUAUCGUAGAGCUUGAAUUCAAUGGUCCUGCAUCCUAUCACCACCAUCAAUGCAGUGUUUUCUCUCAGCAAAACUGACUUUAUCACACUUCGUCAAAGUCUGUAUGCCGCUCCUACCAUCAGAUUAUAUCUUAGGGUUGGAAAUGAAGAACGUAAGAUAUGUUGUUAAGAUCAGAACAGCAUAUUUACAUCGUUUGGCA